AUAAAGAAAGAAUAUACAUCCGCCACAGCAAUUGCCACCCCAGUAGGGUGAUGGCAGCAGUGCUAUCUAGAACAAGAUAUGAUGACCCUAUGGUUGCUUGCACAUUAUUUAGAGGAUCCAAGCUUCCUUGUUCCCCUAUCGAAGCAUGGGUUCCUUCCAAUAUUUGUUCCUUGCACUCACUACUUUGUUUUCCCUCUUCUUCAUUCAAUGCUCUCCCUCUCCCAUCAUCCAAGCUGCUAUAUAUAAAGAUAAAAACAGCAACAAUGCUUACUAUAACUGCACAAGAAACAUCACUUUUGCUACCAACAACUCUUACCCUUCCAACAUCAAAACACUACUAGACUGGCUCUCCUCCAAUGGCACUAACAAUGCCAGAUCCUACCUCACCACUGUUGCUACCAAAAACACCACUGUCUACGGCAUGUUCAAUUGUUUAAGAGACAUUAGCACAGAUACUUGUCAAGCGUGCGUGACAGAAUCAGCCAAACUCAUAUCAUCUUUGUGUUCAACAGCAAAAGAAGCCAUCAUUUGGUACAAAGUAUGCCUCGUGCGCUACUCUGAUCGUCGAUUCUUCUCCACCAUGGAGGAGAGUCCAAAAAUUUCUUUCAUGGACAAACAAGAUUACACCGGGGGUCGCGUUGAGCGGUUCAACAACAUCGUGUGGGACACGUUGAACGAUUUGAGAAGCGAGGCUGCAAAUGCUUCUACUAAACUGGCUCACAAGGUAGUGGAAAUCACGAAGAAGCAGAAGCUAUACGGUGCCGCUUGGUGCGUGUCGUACUUGUCGGCGGAGAACUGCGGCUGGUGUCUUAGUGAUGCCAUAGCAGAUGUUCCGACGAGUUGCUGCAGGGGAAAAACUGGAGGGAGAAUAUAUUUUCCAAGUUGUGGUGUUAGAUUUGAAUUAUAUCCGUUCAGCUUCACCAAAGAGGAUACAGUUUCUUGGAUGCCACCGCCACCGGAGAGUCCUCAUCCUCCGCUGUCUCCACUACCAGGAAGAAGAAAACAGAAGACAGUAACAAUAUUUGUGAUCGUUGUUCCAGUUGUUUUUACACUGGUGCUUUUAGUCUUGGGUUACUAUCGUUUUCUCUAUAGAAAGGAAGGAAAGAAUCAUCAUGAUAUUCUCAAAGAAAGCUUUGGGCAUGGGCAUGACAUUUCCAAUUUGGAGUCCUUGCAAUUUGAAUUAGCAAUAAUUGAAGUUGCAACAAAUAGAUUUGCUACAGAAAACAUGAUAGGCAAAGGAGGAUUUGGAGAAGUCUACAAGGGUACUCUUUCAGAUGGACAAGAAAUUGCUGUGAAAAGGCUUACAAGAAGCUCUGGGCAAGGUGUAGCAGAGUUUAAAAAUGAGGUUCAAGUUAUAGCCAAGCUUCAACACAGAAAUCUAGUAAGGUUACUAGGAUUUUGUUUGGAAGGAGAAGAAAAGAUACUUAUCUAUGAGUAUGUGCCAAACAAGAGCCUAGACUACUUUUUAUUUGACCACCAGAAGCGGAAACUACUGCCAUGGCCUCAACGUCAGGGGAUUAUCAAAGGAAUUGCACGAGGAAUUCUGUAUCUACAUGAAGAUUCUCGCCUCAAAAUAAUACACCGUGAUUUAAAACCUAGUAAUGUUUUGCUUGAUAGUAAUAUGAAUCCAAAAAUCUCAGAUUUUGGCAUGGCGAGAAUCAUUGCUGCAGAUGAAACUGAAGAAAGUACAUGCAGAAUUGUUGGAACAUAUGGUUAUAUAUCUCCGGAAUAUGCAAUGCAUGGACAAUUUUCUGUGAAAUCUGAUGUGUUCAGUUUUGGAGUAAUGAUUCUAGAGAUUAUUAGUGGGAAAAGAAAAGGCUCUUCUUCUGAAUUAGGGUGUCUUGAUGACAUCAGAAGACAUGCUUGGACAAAAUGGACAGAGCAAAGGCCACUGGAACUAGUGGACCCUAAUAUAGAAGGAUCUUAUUCUCGAGAAGAUGUCAUCAGAUGCAUCCACAUCGGUUUGCUAUGUGUUCAGGAAGAUCCAAAUGAUAGACCUACAAUGGCAACGAUUGUGUUCUACCUCAACAGCCCUUCAAUCAACUUGCCAUCCCCUAAUGAACCACCAUAUUUUAAGCGUAGUAGAACAGGAGAGAACAUCGCAACCAACAUGGAAUCGAGUAAUAUCGGUGAUUCCAUCAAUGGAAUAAGUUUGACCAAAUUCUUUCCUCGUUAAUACUAGGAUGGCAGACUUGGCUGUAUUAUUCUCUAUUGUUAAGUAACAAUUAUGAAACCUAGAAUUCAACCAUUUACAUGUUUAAGUACAAGUGACUUGCAAAUUCAGAAAAUUGGAGCAACGACGCUUGAAUU